UGUGAAUUUCAAAAACCAAUAAGAAUUCACAUAUAGAUCUCCCAAGAUAAGGACACCCUCCUAUAACCCCUAUAAAUACAACCCUACAAGCCCACCAACACCAAGCAACCCAACCAACACUACAUACAAUCAAUACUUAUCACUUCUGAUCUACCAAUGGCUGCCUCUACAAUGGCUCUCUCCUCCUCCUUUGCAGGCAAAGCGGUGAAGCUCACCCCCUCCGCCCCUGAGCUCAAGGGCAAUGGCCGUGUAUCCAUGAGGAAAAGUGCCGGUAGGCCUGUUUCCUCUGGAAGCCCAUGGUACGGCCCAGACCGUGUUUUGUACUUGGGUCCAUUGUCCGGUGAGCCCCCAUCCUACUUGACUGGUGAAUUCCCUGGUGACUAUGGUUGGGACACCGCUGGGCUCUCUGCUGACCCAGAAACCUUUGCUAGAAACCGUGAACUAGAAGUGAUCCACUGUAGAUGGGCCAUGCUUGGAGCUCUUGGUUGCGUCUUCCCUGAGCUCUUGGCUCGCAACGGAGUCAAGUUCGGCGAGGCUGUAUGGUUCAAGGCAGGAGCCCAGAUCUUCAGCGAGGGUGGUCUUGACUACUUAGGCAACCCAAGCUUGAUCCAUGCACAAAGCAUCUUGGCCAUCUGGGCAGUCCAGGUUGUGUUGAUGGGUGCUGUUGAGGGUUAUAGAAUUGCCGGUGGACCGCUCGGUGAGGUCACAGACCCAAUCUACCCAGGUGGGAGCUUUGACCCAUUGGGCUUGGCUGAUGACCCAGAGGCAUUUGCUGAGCUUAAGGUGAAGGAAAUCAAGAAUGGCAGAUUGGCUAUGUUCUCCAUGUUUGGAUUCUUUGUUCAGGCCAUUGUGACAGGAAAGGGACCAUUGGAGAACUUGGCUGACCACCUUGCUGACCCUGUCAACAACAAUGCCUGGGCUUAUGCCACAAACUUUGUCCCUGGAAAGUGAAUGGAAAAUCUUGUAAUAUUUUGAGUGCUUUUCCUUCCAAAGUGAAGGCAAAAAUUGUGAUAUGACUAGUAGCGCGGAAAACGUAUUAUCUGUCAAAAACUAGUCCAAGUGGAUGAUUAAUUUUUUUUUUUAAUCCAAUUUUUAACCUUCUUGUCCUCA